ACAACAUUCACCACACGGCGCCAUAUUAGAUAGACAUUAUACUGCUGCGGACCAAGUCAAGGAAGGGGAACUCAGGCCGCAGUAGUUUAUUGAUAAAACACUGGAGGUAACUGCUAUAUGGUUGGCAAUAAGUAAUUGAGUCAAACAUCUCGGCCAUUGUGGUCCGAGGCGUGUUGUUUUCGUCGUUGUUUAGCUAACUUGCCGGCCAGACAUGACUUCCUUGACUCUGCGGAGUUCGGGCCUCGUGCAGAGGCGGACUGAAGCCUCGCGCAACGCCGCUGACAAAGACCGUCCGUCCGGCCAGGAGGACCACGAGCCCCGGCGGGGAGACGAGCCGGACGAUGACGAUACUGGGGACUCCAAAGAAACGCGUCUCACCCUGAUGGAAGAAGUGCUGUUGUUAGGACUGAAGGACCGAGAGGGCUACACCUCGUUCUGGAAUGACUGCAUUUCAUCGGGUUUGCGAGGGUGCAUGCUGAUCGAACUGGCUCUGCGAGGACGCCUUCAGCUGGAGGCCUGUGGCAUGAGGAGGAAAGGUCUGCUGGCCAGAAAGGUGAUUUGUAAGUCAGAUGCUCCGACAGGUGACGUGCUCCUGGAUGAAGCCCUAAAACACAUCAAAGACACACAACCACCAGAGACCGUGCAGAGCUGGAUUGAACUUCUCAGUGGAGAGACGUGGAACCCCCUCAAGCUUCACUAUCAACUACGGAACGUGCGUGAACGGCUGGCGAAAAACUUGGUGGAAAAAGGUGUCCUCACUACUGAGAAGCAGAACUUCCUGCUUUUUGAUAUGACCACACAUCCUCUGACCAACAACAACAUCAAGCAGCGCCUCAUCAAGAAGGUCCAGGAGGCCGUACUGGACAAGUGGGUAAAUGACCCCCAUCGAAUGGAAAAGCGGCUGCUUGCACUCAUCUUCUUAGCCCAUUCCUCUGACGUCCUGGAAAAUGCAUUCGCCCCGCUGCUAGACGACCAAUAUGACCUGGCCAUGAAGAGAGUGCGGCAACUGCUGGAACUAGAGCCUGAGGGGGAGAGCAUGAAGGCCAACACCAACGAGCUGCUAUGGGCUGUGGUGGCCGCUUUCACCAAAUGAGGCUCCCUCAAAGAGGACAGAAAGCAGUUGUGGCAUUCAAGUGGCAUUGUUUGUUGAGGUAGUGACCCCAACAUGGUGACUUGACUAAAUUUAGCCCUGCCUGGACCUUUGGAAUGGGCUGCCCUCUUUUCUCCCUCCCUACUCCUCCCUCCCUAAUUUUCUUUUCCUUCCAGAUAAGUGUCCUCGUUGAUCCUUCAUGGUCCCGUUUCCCCCCAUGUGUCAUUUAUGUGUUAACUUUUGCUAAAAAUAAUAAUCUCAUGGAGCUUUGUGAUGAUAUGGGUGAGGCUGGAUUCAUAUCCUUUCUUUUCUAUUGGGCAUAUCUUUGAAACCGUUUCUUAGGGGUACAGUAUGUAUGGCACCAGUUACUCAAGGUUACCAUCCGGACACACCUGAUAAUGAUAAUAUAAAAAGAACAGGUCAGUGAUACUGUACAGGAAUGAAAGAUUAGCUUAUGCCUUUUUAAAUGGAUAUCUUCUAACACAGGCUUAUGGAUAUGAUGCAUUUGGUGUCACAGCAUUCUUUAAAUUUCAUAUCAAGUACUGGAAGACAAGUAAUGUGGUCAGGGUCUACUACCUAGUACUGUAAACAUUAAGAGCUUAUUUCCCAUGUUGAUCCACCUCAUUUAUCCGUUAUAUACACCUGCUUGUCCAGUGAAGGGACACAGGGCUGUCCCAGCUCACGCUGGUCGGGGGGGUGUACACCCUGGACAUGUCACCAGUAUUUAACUUUGCUAACACAUUGAGACAGACAACCUGUCUUGCAAGGCAAUUUAGAGUUUCCAGUUCACCUGACCUGUAUUCUUUGGACUGUGGGAGAAAACCCUGACAGGUUCCGGCUGCCAGCUGGAUUCAAUCUGAGGAUUUUCUCGCUGUGAAUCGACAGUGCUACCCACUGUGACGCCUGACAGUCUAUCCCAUCUGGCCUAAAGUUGUGUGGAAGAUCAUUAAUUUGUCAACAGAACAAUAAGCAUGGAAGUUAAAUACAGUCCUAAGAAGAUAGAGAGCUGACCUGUAUGACAUCCCUUAUCAGUUACUUUGACCUUAGCCCCUUUAAAUAUUUUGGGAAAGACUUCAAAUGAAAAGCCAGAACCUGAUGAACAUCAUUAGACAGACUUGCUUAGGCUGAUGCUAGAAUAAUACAAAUUCCAAAGUUCUGCUAACAGGUGCAGAAUGGAUGGGGCUGAAACCCAAGGUAUGAUGAUGGAAGGAAAAAUAAAUAUAUUGCACAUUAUCUGAAAUAAAUAAGCAAAAACAGCUUAUACUGUUUUGAAUGUC